AUGGAAACUCGUCUCUUGCAUCCAGGAGUGAGUACACCUGAUAUCUUGACUGCUUAUGUUGCUGCCAUAAGAUCUCUCAAAGUAUUGGAUUCUACUGGUUUAUUAUUGGAGACAGUAACACAGCCAGUACAUCAGUACCUGAGGAGUAGAGAAGACACUGUCAGGUGUGUUGUUAGUAGUUUGACGGAAGAAGGACCAAACGACUUGGCGUAUGAAUUAGUAAAUGGUGAAGCUGUGCGAAUAGAUGAAAAUACACCAACAGACGAUGAUGACGAGAACUGGGAGUGCUGGAUACCUGAUCCUAUUGACUCUGCUCCAAGUAGGUUUUUUUGUUUCAAAUUAAUUGCAUUUUAA